AUGUUACAGGUCUUCCGAGAGUGGAAGAACGCCACUGACUCCACGGAGAAGAGGAUUCUUUUCGAGAUGCUCGAGAGCAUGCGUGCUGAUUUAGAGAUCGCGAGAUACUAUACGUUGGCAUCUUCACCAUGUCACCACCGGUCAUCGCUACUAAAGUCUCUACACUCAGCAGAACCACCACCUCAACUCUCCCGACCCGAAAUCACCUCGAUAUCGCGCCUCUUCUCAAUCGGCAUCUCAGGACCCAAGGAGUGGCUUAAGGAGCAGAAGAAGAAGUCGUUUAAAUUUCUGUUAGCUCCGGUUGAUGCCUCACGCAACAUCCUCCACUCCGCCUACCUUUUGCUCACUACCUUUUUUUUCUCAAUUAUCUUUUCUGCUCAAUUUUCUAUUUCUCUAAUAAUACGAAUUGUGAUUUUAACUGAUGUAGUGAAAAGUGAAGGUGAAUUGGCCGAGGUUCAGAAUUUGUUAGUUUCUGCAGCUAGAGAUUGUGUUCCUCGUGAUACAAGUUCUUUCGUUGAAUUACAAGCCAAUACUGGAGUAGAGGUCUGCACAUUCCGGUUGAUUGUGAAAAAUGCAGCGUCCUUGCUUGACGACAACGACCCCCUCAAAUUAGAAGCUGAAUCCAAGCUCAAUGAUCUCCUAAGAUCAUUUUCUUCUCUUAGUGGCAUGGCUCAGGAAGAAAGUGUUCGACUUACUUUGAACAGGAAGCAAAGAGUUGUAGAUGCACUUAAGGAUACCAUAUCUUCACUAAACAACUUUGAGCAGGGUAUCAAGGACUGUCUCCAAGUUUGAUCAUUCCACCUCUUGCUAAAUGUUCUUAGCACGACUUCUUUUCAAUGUAAACUAGUACAUCCAGGUGGUUUGUUUACAAUUUUAACACCAACACUGUCUAUUGCAAUAGUUAUGUACUGUUUUAAAUAUCAGCAAAAUGUAGCUUGGGCAUAUGGACAACCAAAUCAAGGUAAAGUAACUAAUUAAGCACCAGUAGUUUGUUUUAGUUGAUUAACCUCGAAUAGAAGAUGACAGAACCAAGUUUGAUCUCAUAAAACCAUCUUUUGUCUUCUAUAGAUUACUAGCAAUAUGUGAUUGGAGUUAUUAAGGGUGUUUAUUCCAUAUUUGGCUAUCAUCUUAGAAAUUGUUGUUGUGCCAGCUUACUUGAUCUUAUGGAAAGAAUUUAUCCAGUUGAAAGUCGUGUGCCACUUGCGGAGUCUGCAGUAAAUUUAGUCAUUCAUUUUGAUUAUACUGACGGUCACCGCUAAGAUGCUACAAAUUGAAGCCAAGGAAACUCAUCAAAAAGUACAGGAACUCAUGAGCUCAUUUGAUUGGGCGAACCAGAAGCUUGUAACAAAUACAAGUGACCGCAGGGUGUGCCAUCAUCUGGGUGAGUUUGAAUUGAUCUAGGCAAGCCGCGUAGCUUGUUGAACAGAUUCAGUGGAUCCUGCAAUAAUCCGAAAUGGGCAUCUGAAUCGCCAAUCUGUGAGAGCGUAACAUCAGCAAAACCUAGAGAUGGAAGUAGUUCAUCUGGCCAGUCACAAUAGAAAAGGAAGGUGGAGCUGGAUAAUGCCGUUGCCUGUUUAUUCAUGAAGUCGGCUAACAGCACAGUCUUGGUAAGAUUGCAUUUUUCUGCAAUGAUUUUAAGUACUUUCAUGGCAUUGGUUUGCGAGAGAUAGUACAGGAUUCCCUCCAAGAUCCAGACUGUACUCUUGCUUGGCUGAAAUCCUGAUGUUUCGAGCUUUUCAAGCCAGUCAUCUUCCGUUAGGUCAGCUGCUACUCUAGUCAAUGACAUUGCUGUAACGAUUGGAUGAUGAUGCUUGUCUCUUGAAGUUGCUGCUGCCUCCAGAAUAGUGGCUUUUGCGUGCAGAACCUCAGGAAAAUCAACCUCAAAAACGCUGCUUUCUUUCAAACAGCUUAGGCGGUGCGAUCUUACAUCCAUACCUGCAGGUAGACAAAAUAUCUUUUUUUUAAAAUGAAGUGCUUGUUUCUAUUUCUCACUUCUUGUAUUAGUUAGAAAUACAUCAAAAAAUUGUGUGUUUGUGACAUUUUAAAGGGAAAUGGUUUCUCAAAUUUUUUUAAA